CCGGAAUCUUAUGAAUGAAAAUCCUCAUGGCUUACUAUGAUCUCGCUUCGGAUGCUACGCGUCUCGCGUAUUACGCGUAAAUAUAAACAAUAGACAAAGUGCGUCGCUAGGAAACCGCAAAUUACUUAAAUUCGUGCAUAAUUUUUUGUGUUUUUGUUUUGGACUUGUGAUAUUUUUGAGAAGAAAAAUCGUAAAAUCAUGGAUAGAGAAGUGGUUCGGAAGUUGCUUAGGGUUACGAUGAUGAUCAGAGAGAAUGAAAAGACUGACGGAGAAAUUAAGAAUGAACCAGGUACCCGAUUCUGGCAGCCCUGGCUCAAUGAAGAUGACCCGACCAAACCAUACACAAAACACACGACGAAAUGGAAACGAGAUCGACGACCCAGACCUCCCGAAUAUCCCCGAAAAACUUCCGAUCCCAAAUAUUCGGAAUCCUUCUUGGGCGAAUCGUCCCCCUCACCACCGACAUCGGCCAGUCCCGAAAACAACGGCGUCGCCCCUUGGACGUCCUCAACCACGUCGUCCACUGAUACGCCGCUGGAUAUGAGCGUCAGACAGAGAGGGUUGCCACCCUCUUACGCUCAAACUAUAAGUAAUCCCGGGUACAGGUCAAGUUACAGGCCGUCUGUAAUACACAAUGGGGUGCCUGCGAGGGAGGAAUUGCCUUCAGGUAUUUCGAUGUGCGAUCCAAUAAUAGACGAACAUUUCCGACGGUCAUUGGGAAAUGACUACCAUGUCGUAUUCCAAAGCAACAACUCCUCCAAAGACUCCACGACACCUCCAAAAACUCCACCUGCUGUCACAACAACAACGACCUCAGCAACAACUACCAGCGUGAUCGAACUAAUGGACGGCACUGGCUUAUCGGUGGACGAUCACUUCGCCAAAGCUCUCGGUGACACUUGGACGAAACUGAAUAGGAAAGACACAGAAAUCCAAAAUGGGACUACUGAAAAUGGACUGGUUUCCACUUAAAUGACAGUGCUUUAAACACUUCGAGUCAAGAAAUGCAAACUAACAAUGAUAUUGAUCAUUGAUUGGCCUGUUAACUACUUCACCGGUGUCAGUAUAUUAUAUACAUACGCUGAGCUACCAUUUCGAUAUUAAAUAGUAUUUAAUCAAGAUGGAGCCCAUUAUUGACGUCAUUUUCUUCUGAAUGUAUCACACUAGUGAUAAAUAAAGUACGUAAUAGAGGUAGGGAUAUUCCGUGUUAGUUUAUUGCAUCUAGUUAGGUACUAGGGAGCUGGUAUCACUUGGUUGUGCUAAUCACUGUGCAGCAAUGGGUCGACGAGUCAAUUAUUAGGAAUUUAUACUUCAUUUAAUGACAUUUAAAAAUUUUCAAGAUUUGUUUACUCAGUUUUACUAAUUGAACACGAUCAGUUUGGAACCACCCUUAAGACAUUUGUGUCGCUUUUAUAGUGAUAGCGACUCCCUACUAUACUACCUCAAUCGUUUACUAUAAUUGUUUAAUGAUAAUAUUCAUUGAAAGCUGUAUUUAAGCCCAUUUCAGUAGGUAAAAAGUACUAUGAUACUAGAGAGGAAUGAUUAAAGUUUUAUUAGGGUUAUUGCACUAAAAAUUGUGGAAGGUCGCUCAGAAAUAAAGUUUUGACAUUCAACUAUGUUGCUAAAUUAUCCUAAUUUGGGUUCUGAUAAAAAAACUGAUGCUGUACACGUCUAUUUUAAAUUGGAUUGAUAAAGUUUUAAGAUAUCACUGUAAAUGUUAAGUUAUAUUUUAUUUCAUUGACAUUAUGGUGGAUACGAAAAAUCUUAAAACUUCGGAAAUUAAGUAUCCUUUCAGCACAAAAAAAUGCUUGUUUUUAACUUUAAUGGUUUCGUCUUAACUUGUCAUGUACGAUGAUGCCCGAUUCGUAAAUUCACCGAAAUAAUCAACGAAGAGGAAGAAAGACGAGAAACAAAGAUUUGUUGAGUCAUUUUUUAUCCUUCAGGAAUACGAGUAUUAUAGUGGCGUAUCGCUGGUCGUAAGCCAAAAAAUCCUUAUAUUAUGUAUUAGAAUCCUUCGUGCUCUCGUUUAGUUGUAUUCGAGGGGUGGAACCACUCCCGAAAUACUGGUAAGUUUUCAGUCGAAAACAACCUACAAAUUCUCUCGAUCUGUUUAAUCUGUUUAAACUAUUCUAAACAGCCGGGAAGCGUCUUAUUCCUUACUUGCUUAUUGAUAGUCAGCAAAGUAAUUUUCCCGACCAGAAUGUGUCACUUUCCUGGCUAGCAAAUGUCACUUACUACAUGCCUCGUAAGUGUUUUCGUACAUCUCCCUGCUUUUUCCAGAAUUAUUCCUUAGAUAGUUUUUUGCAGCUACUCUCAGUUCUGUUGGGGUACAUUAAACUUUCAGGCAUAUUUGCAAGUAGGUACUAAAGACAAUUUUAUUAUUAAAAGUGACGUUGAAUAUGUAACUGGAAAAAUAAUGAUCUGUUCGAUUUAACCAACUUGUUAUAUUGCCUAGCAACGGUCUCGACUAUCUUCCUUAAACACUCAAAUUGUGAUAAUAUAGACGCAGCAGGAGAUGGAUAAAAAAAAAGUGAAAAGCAAAAUAAUCUUUUGAAUAGUCCUUAAGAAGAAAAUGUAUAGAUGGUACAAUAAUAAUGAUCAUUCAUUGGAAAUUAUAUAAAUGUACUAAACGCUAAAAUUUCCGAAAUACGGGUACGUUUAGACCUUAGUGGUUUACCCCUCAGUUGUAUUAGAUAUGCUGCCCAGCAAUUUUGUUGAAAUUGGAGAGCUAGAUCGACUUUCUACUCCCUCGUAAAAAUGUAUUCACCAAAAUUGGUAGACUUUUCUGUAAAAACAUUUUUCUCUUUUUAGAGAUAAUGAAAAUAACGAAAAAAUUCAAAAAUGCGAAGUGUGUGUCAGAAUUGAAAUAAAAUCAAAUUCAUAAUUUCAUUUAUGUAGUGUGUUUUUUUAAUGUGUUUUUCUAUAUUUGCGUUAGUUAUUCUCCUCUUUUUUUAAGUACUUUGACCUUUUUCCAAGAAACCUGCUUGAUAUCCCCUGGGCAUAGAAGAUGUAUAUGUUUAUCCUCUCUGGAAUCAUUUUUGAAAAACUUUUUAGGAUAGAUUCUUUUGAUUUUUUGCUAUGUUUUUCUCGUUUUUGUUAUUAUAAGAUAUAAAUCUAAAAUUCAAAAUUUAAAAACCUUAAAUGUGGAGCCUAUAUUAUCUCAGUCGCUAAUUAUUAAAACAUUUAAAGAUGGUAGUCAUUUGUCGUUUGUUCCUUUUUAAACUAUAUUUUGUUUUUAUUUGAAAGAAAUUCAACCAAAUUAUUUAAUUUACUUUUGUGCAUGCACAUAACACCUUUCCAUUUUUGAAAAGUUUAUUUGGACACUCUUCAGACAUGUCUGUGGACAUUUCCGAGCAACGCAUCACUGUGAGUUCAGUAUUACACCUCAGAGAUGCUAGUGCGAAUAUAUUAGUGUUGAUCACGUGAUUUUCGAGGAACGCUUUUGCAUAUUUUGCUUGUCUUCUGUCAAAACAUAGUUAAGCUAAUUGCGAUUUGAUGGAUAAACAUUGAACUAAAUCAUUCAAUACAGAUACAAGUUUCAUGCCCAUCAAUAUUUGGGUAUUGAAACAGUAUGUUACCUUUCCCACAAUGGCGCCAGAAGAACGGUAUAGAAUAAGGGAUGUUGUUAAUUAGACAGAAGUAGAGCUAAUCACGGCAGACAGACACCCGAUUCACAAGAGUGUAUCUUUAUUUCUCUCACAUGCAAAUGUAGUUAUUAAGGGUCUCAUCUUUAUUUCGAAGGAUAAGGAUUCAUGGGUUAACAUAGUGUAGACUUGUAACGAUUAUUAUUUCCCUCGCCUGUCAUUUUUGACAUUUUAAACAAUCACACCGCAAAUUACUAACCAAAUAAAUCGAUUAUCAUAUUGACUGUCGUGCAUGGUGCUUGAUAUUCACCUAUUUUGAUAGUAACUCGCAUACUUAAUUAUAGCUGUAAUAUUUAAUAAAGGCUACUGUCAAAUAUUGUCAGAGUACAAGCUAAUAUGUCAUGGAACGGUUCAAAAUGAACCGAAAAUAAAAGGUUUUUGUAAAAAGUUAUUUUAUUGUGUAUUUAUUUAAAAUUACAUCUAGGGCUCUAGAAAUAAUCUUAUUAAAUAUAAUUCGGCAUUUUAUAAUUUAACGCCUAUUUCUAUUGGUAGUAAAUUUUUCGUGUAUUAUACAAUUUGUCUUGACAUAAUUUUGUCACUAAUAAAUCGAAGAAUAAAGUCAUCGAGCUAAAGCUCUCGGACUCCAUUCAGAUUGUGAAUGACAAAAUUAUGUCUUGACAAAUUGAUAUCAAAAAACUCAAAAUUUAGAUCCAAUAAACAUAGUCAACUAUUUAUCAAGGUUUCGUUAUAUUACCCUUGAAAAUGAUGUCGACGAUGACAGUGGCGGCUUGUCCUAUGGGGCCAGAGACACAUCGACCAGUGGUCCGGCUUCUUUCUUAUCAAUCCAUUGUAAAAGUUUACUUAAGGUCACGCCAUUCGCCUGUAGAAAGCGCUUCUUAUACAUUCAAACGGGGCCACAUUUCAAGCGUCUCGGAAUGAAUAGUUAGAAUAGAAUUGUUUCAAUCGCGUGUUCGGCGAGUUCGGCGUAUUGCUUUUGACAUUUUAUGCGUGCUGAAUUUUUGUUUGUUAAGUAGUUAGAAUAGUUGAGUUUUUAAAGUAUAAUAAAUUAAAAAUCGUCCGAGAGUCCGAAGCAAAAUGAAUAAAUAAGCAAUCUGUUACUAAAACCUUUUUCUACGCACUCGCUCGAGGAAAAAAUCCAAAUAAAGGAACUUCUAUUCUACGAUACAUUGCCUCCAGUAAGCAAGUAGAAAGAUUUUGGAAAUUUGUAGAUCCUCCCGGACCCAAUGCCAUUUCAAUAGCAAAUUGCAUUUUAAAUGAAAUUAAUCCAUUAAUUAAUGACACACCAAAUAAGUUGAUGGCUCAGAGUUACGACGGAGCGUCAGUCAUGAGCGGAGAUAUGAAUGGGGUACAAAAAAUAAUUAAAGAUAAAUAUUCUUUAGCAAAUUAUUUUUAUUCUAGGCACAUCAGAUUAACUUUAUAAUGAGCAGUGCAGGUUCAAUUAAUGCGUCUGUUCGGAUUUUUUUCGCUCAUUUAACUGGAAUUUGUUUUUUUUUUUCUACAUCACCCCAAAGAACAAAAGUAUUGGAUGAUAUAGUUCAUAGACGAUUACCACGCUCAUCAAAAACGAGAUGGAAUUUCCAAUCACGGGGAGUUAAUACAGUUUAUGAAUACCGAAAUGAACUGAUACACGUUAUGGAUAUUUUAGAGAACGACAAAGAUAUUAAAUUAAAUUCUACAAUUGAGCAAGCCGGAGCUCAUAAAUUUAGAUUACAGGUCAGAGAUUUCAUAUUUUGGUUAACAGUUUUCCAUAAAGUCAUGCCACAUGUCGAAAUAAUUUUUAAAUGCAAUGUAAAAAAUUCAUAAUGAAAUGGAUAAAAGUAUUGACAAAAUAGACUCGGAGCUUUUAGAAACCAAAGAUGAAUUAUCAUUAAAAACUAUGUUUGCUUUGUCUUUAACUACGGAGCUAUUCGAUGGUCUCGUUUUCUACUAAAUCUGUUAUUUUUACGAAAUAUUGGAGCGUAAAAAGUGAUAAUACCAAACUUUUUUCGAUGUAACAUAUUGAAUUGAGGAGAAAUGUGCAAUACUGAACUCAACUACCUUAUAAAAUAAAUGAAAAGUUUUUACAUGAAUCACUACACAUGAAAGUUGGUAUGAAUAUCCCUCUAUUUAUUAGCUGUCAAAAUUUCGUAUUUUGUUAUUCUUAUUGAGAUUUUAAAAUUUGACAAUGAUUAAUAGAUACGUAAAAGUGUACAUUCUAUCAAAUUAAUGCCCUGUGUUUGACACUUUUUAUUUUUAACAAUGACAGUUUUUUCUUUAUAAAUCUGAGAUGGACAUCAAAAUAAAAACGUCCACUGUUCAUUCCACUCGUACAACAUUCUAUAAUUUUGUAAUAUUAUAAUAUUAUUGCAGAACAAACGAUUACUAUUGUUUUCAGCAAACGAACAUCAGAAAAGUAUUGCCAACUUAAACCGAUUACUAUUUCCUCCCUUGCCUCGGUGUCCACUUUAUCCACAUAUUGAUUCUAUGUCGCAACCCCUUCAGAUACAGCAGCCCUGAUUCUAACGUCCUGUUAAAAUAAUCCAAUUUGCAAACAACAAAUUUUUCUUUAGUUUGUUUUCACUUUGGGGAUAUAGUGGUGUAUUUUUCAUAAUUUCGUAGGGGGGAUUGGAGAUUAUUCAUUUUCAUAUUUCCAAAAUUGCAUUUCAGUUUUUCGGAUCUCGACCGUUUUUUUUUAUUUCACCAAUAUAUCUGUGGGAAACAAAGUCCAUAAUAAUAAAAUUAUUGCACAAAUUUUAUUAUCUUAAAAUAAAUGCAGUAACGCAUGAAUGUGAAAUUUAAGUAUUUUGGACUUUUGAGAAAAAUAGUAUUUAAGUUUUUUCUUUUCUCUCGGCAGUAAAAUAUUGGGAAGUAAUUUUAACACCCUGUGCAUCGCAAUUUAAAAAAGACGUGAAUAGCAAAUACCCAAACAACUUAACAACUAUUUUUGUAUCUUAAAUGUCCACAAUUUAAGGGCAUUAUUAAAACCUGCACAUUAUAACAUUAUACAAAAAUAAAAAUGAUAUAUAGAUUAUUCGUAUACAUUUACAUUUUAGAUUGGCAUAAAUAUUUUUCUUUAGGUACAAAACAAGAGUUGAUUUUAAUUUUAUAUAUACAGGGUGUUUAAAAAAAAAUGGUCAUAAAUUAUACCACAUAUUCUUGGGUCAAAAAUAGGUUGAUUAAACCGUACUUACCUAUAUACAAAAGUGCACCCAAAAAUAAUUACAGGGUGUAUAAGAUAAAAAUUUAAAUGAAUGUUUUUAACGUUGUUCUUAAACCGUUUGACAUUUUUUCAUGACAUUUUAUAUGACGUAUUGGAAUACCAUGACUAUCAAAAUCGAGGUCACCACCCUUUUCUGUACUCGACUUCUUUGUAAUAUAAAAUUUUAUUAAAAAUCGAACGCUACUGAAAUGCAACAUCUAUAUUUGAAAACUUUUUUGUCUCUUAGUAUUUGUUUGGAAAAUGUUUAGUAGUUUAGACGAUACAGCCAUUUAAAAUGACAUCUUAAAAAUAUUCAUUGUAAAUUAUAUGCAAAAAUAUCAAAAUUCCAUUUUCAUUGUUAAAACUAUGUAGUAAGUGUAUACAGGAGGAGAAUGUAAUUUUAAACAACUGUUAAAUUAAUUUUUUUUUAUUUUGAUGACAUUAGUUUGUAAUUUAAAAAUAAACUUGAUUUUGAUAUUUUUCAUACCUAGAAUUUCCAUUGAAUAUUUUUAAGUUGUCAUUUUAAAUGGCUGUAUCGUCUAAACUAAUACUAAGAAACAAAAAAGUUUCCAAAUGGAUGUUGCAUUCCAGUGGCGUUUCAUUUGUAAUUAAAUUUUUUACUAUAUAAAAGUUGAGUGGAGAAAAGAGCGGUGACCCCCUCCAAAAAACCUAUAAAAAUCAAGAAAAAAAAGUUGCCUCUUCCUCGGUAUUACUAGUCAUGGUAUUCUUACACGUCAUAUAAAAUGUCAUGAAAAAAUGCCAAACGGUUUAAGAGCAACGUUAAAAAAAUUCAUUUAAAUUUUUAUCUUAUACACCCUGUAACUAUUUUUGGAUGCUUUUUUGUAUAUAGGUAAGUACGGUUUAAUUGACCUAUUUUUGACCCAAGAAUAUGUGGUAUAAUUUAUUACCAAUCUUUUUAAAACACCCUGUAUUUAAUUUAAACUUCCUGGCUAUUAUUUUGUGUUAGUUGAUUUAAAAGCUGACAAAGACGUUUUUAUUAGAUUUAUAUAUUUUUUGUUUGUUUAAAUAGAGAACAAUUUCAGUAAUAAAAAUUAGAUAUUAUUUGCAGUCAUCCAUAUAAAUAUUUGUACUGAUUUUAAGAUAUACAUACAAUUGAAAAACGUACAAUCACUAUAUCUCAUGAGUUAAAGAUGAUAUCAUGAGAGUAAAACCUAAUAAAAAAACAAUAAUUUAUUUUAAACUCGUUGACUAUAAUUUAAGUACAUAAACAAGUUAUCUACUUUUUAAAUAGGUUUUUAAUUAUUAUGUACUAUUGAAUAACCCUGUUUAGAGUAUAAAUUAUUUAUUAAUUUUUUGAGGGGAUUGAUGGUGAGUUUUGUAUUUUGACAUUUAAAUUCUCCUUUCAUAUCUAUUUUUAAGUAUUUUCUAAUAUCAUUUUUAGUUCAUGAUAUACCUAUAGUCAUUGUAAGUUUUUAAAUAGUCUCAGGUGCAUCCAAUUGAAAUUUUUUAAAUAUUAAAAUUAAACUAUUUUUGAUGAAUUAUUAUUAAUGCAUUUUUCAACAACAACAGCCUGAAUAAUAUUAGAUAUUUUUCAGUUUUUUGUUAUUCGAUGAAAAUAUUCUUGCGGAAAAAUGUUGCUAAAAUAUUUAAAAAAAAUCCUCUGAAAAACUCUUAAAUAAAUCUUUAGAAUGUAGCUCUAGAAAAAAUGUAACCUAAAAAAUACAUGUUUUGACAAAUGUCAAACCACGGUGUGGUUUCUAAAUGACAUAUGUCUGUUUUACAAUGUUCACACAUUCGCGCAAUCACUUAUAUAUGACACUUCUGUUACUUUUUUUAUAAUUAAAGAAAAAUAUGAAAUGUUAAAAUGAAGUCAAUUACAAUGAUUAAAAUACGGAUGUUUUAAUGGAUUGUGUCUGAUUUUAAAAAUCAAAUUUAUACAAAACAGUUUUUGUAGGUUAACUUGUGAAAAAUCCAUUCUAUUGAGUCAUCCUGUUGGUUUUAGAAUUGAAAGACUAAAACGUUUAACAAAAGUUACUAUUAUUUACUUAGUUUUUUCUUAAUUUCGCUAAUUUACUGAUUUAUAUUUAUUUAGUAUCUAUAAGUACUGUGGUACAAAGAUGACAGAAACGCCUCAUGCAUUUGUUUCAUAAUUGACACGCUUGUUAAUUAUAAAUAGCAUUUUAGCAAACACAAAAUGUUAAUUUUAAUGCUUUUUGGAAUAUCUUCAAUCUUUGUACUACUGCUACCUUUAUGUUUUGAAGAAUGAUUUGUAAAAAAAUGUUAUUUUUUUGUAAUUUCUGUAUAUAUUUUCAGCUGUAUAUAUUGACCAUUAGUUUAUAUAUUUAUGAAUAGUAGGUUUAAGAGUAUAUGCAUGUAUUCCUUUUGAAUGAACCAUGUUACUGAAUGUAUCCAGAUUGAAUAAUAAAUUAUUUUUAAUUUUGA